AUGCUGUGCUGCCUGCUGUUCCUCGCCCUGCUGCUGCGGGCUGCCCUCCCACAGCCUGUGCCCCAGAGCUACUCAGUUCCUGAGGAUUUCUCUGCUCCCCUGGAGCUUCCGCAGAAGCACUUUGGCCUGGUGGAUGAUUACGGCAUCAAACCCAAGCAGCCUAGCUUCAGAACCCAGGUGGCCCCGGAGCGGCCGGCGGAGCUGCGCAGGGCUGGCAAAAGCAAGCGCGACGGGCUGGACUUGCUGGAGUACUACGAGGAUGGGCGCCUGUGA